GUUGAAAGAGUAGAAACAUGAAAGCAUGCUUUCCCCUUCCACCUUAAAAUAAUAAAAAACCAACAUGUUCUAUGUUUUUUUUUCUUCUCUUUUUUGAACUUGCUUUGCUAUUUUUCUUUUAUUUGGUAAAGAACAGGCACAUGAAUCAGUGGUCUUCUCUGACAGGAAACAGUCUGCAACUGCAAGCUAAGUAUAUGCAUACAUAGGUACGUACGUACAUACAUACAAAGAAUUAGCAGCAUUCAUGCAUCUUGAAAGAAACAGAACAAGGGGAAAAGAUUAAAUAGAUGAGCUUAGAACUGAUGCCUCAGACCAGUUAACAGUAACAUGGAGUGCUGGUCUUAAAUAACUUUUAUGAUUUCGGAUUUUUUUAUUUAUCACAGUUGACCGUGUUGACAUUCAUCACAGAAAACCUUGGUUAGAAAGUCUUGGACCAGAGGAGGAAAAUAAAUCUAAAAAAAAAAAAAAGAACAUUGGGAAAUUAAUUAUUUAAUUAAACUGUUGAUGUAUCAUGUGCUUCUGAGGAUCUUGUCACCAAAUGUGUGCAUUGAUUCCUCCCUCACAUGUAGGCAAAUGGAAGUACUUAAUUAAGCAAUAUAUCAGAAACCCAUCUCUCCACAUGUAUGACUGACCGACUGGGAUCUAAGCUUAAGCAUAUACCAAAUAAUUUAUUCAUUGCAAAGUUAAAUUAUAGGGUUAAUUCAAGAGAUGUUGCACGUUGCAACACUCCUAUGAUGUGCCAUUUCAUGCUUGCGAAUCACACAGCAUGGAUAUGCAUACUGUAUUCUGAAGCAAGCAAGCAAAGCAUAUGCUAAUUAAAGAGUUACAGUAUCUUAGAUCUAUAAAAUACGGAUAUAUAAAAAAAAAUGCGUGUCUUAAAUGCUUAAGAUCCAUUAAGGAAGGGAAGGAUAUGAUAGAGAUGAACCGAUAGAGGAGAGACAAUGGCAGAAUCUGGUAGUGAGUUCCCAGGGUUCCAAAUUUGUGUUCACAAAGAGGAACUGGUAUUUAGAAGGCCACUGAGCAGGCUUCAAAGACGAGCCCCUCGUCCUUUGCAGAUUAAGCCCAAUGCUGAUGGCAAGGCUUCACCAUCACAAGCAAUGGACUUCAAUUUAAAGUCAUCAUCAUCAUCAUCAUCAGCAGCAGCAGCAGCAGCAGCAACAUCUUCGACUUCAUUUAGUUCCUUCUAUCAAAGUAAAGAUCCCAUUCCUCUACUAUCACCUCUUGUUUUGCCUACUUUGCUUCAAUCAUCUUAUCUCCAUCAAGAAGGGAAUACAGCAACAUAAAUCUCUGUGAAAGGUGUUAAGGUUUCCUUGUUAUAAAUACGUGAUUUAUCUUGUCUUCCCUGUGUUUCACAUUAGAUUGUCAUUACUAUAUAUUUUCUGAUACUCUUUCUGUUUACUAAAACUCAUGUAUUUAACAGCAUUGGAGAAGCAUUCCAUUUCAUUGAUUUUAAUGGUUUA